AUGGCCGGAGAAGAUUCACACAAGACUCUUGAAAAGAUGAAGGGCAAAGAAGAUGAGGUGCACAAGGAAGACGACAACGCCAAGUAUGAUGUGUCCGAUGGCUCCAAGAAGAGUGGACAUCACAAGAAAAAAAGCAAGAGCAAGAAGAUAGUGAUUGAGUCAUCCUCAUCCUCAACAUCAAGUAUUGAGCAGCCGGAUAGCGAUGAUGAAAGUUUUGGACCAACCAUGCAACAAUUAUUCCACCGCAAUGCUCAAGCCGCAACCAUCCUCCUCUCAUCCUUGAGUAGAGAGGAAUUUGAUAAAGUGGAUGGGUUACAAAGUGCCAAGGAGAUAUGGGACACUCUCAAAGUGGCACACGAAGGCACCAAGACUAUUCGGAAGGCAAGAAUUGAGAUGCUUGAAGGAGAACUUGGGAGGUUUGCUAUCUUGGAUGAUGAAACUCCCCAAGAGAUGUACACAAGGCUCAAGAAGAUGAUCAAUCAAAUAAGGAAUCUUGGAAGUAAGAAGUGGACCGACCAUGAAGUGGUCAAAAGGAUGAUUAGGGCCUUUUCGGUGAGGAAUAUAACCUUAUGUACCAUGAUAAGGGAAAGUCCUAACUAUAAGAGGAUGACACCGGAAGAAGUUCUUGGCAAGAUCAUCAAACAUGAGAUGAUGGAAAGCGAGGCCAAGUAUGUCAAGAGCUUGUCCAAGGGAACCUCAACCUCAAGAGGACAAGACAUUGCCCUCAAGGCAAACAAGAAGGAAAAGAGCAAGAAAGUUGUCCAAGAGUCCUCAUCAAGUGACAAUGAAAGCGAUAGCUCAAGCCUUGAUGAUGACGACAUGGCUCUUCUCAUGAAGAACUUCAACAAAUUGAUGAGAAACCGCAACUAUAAGGGCAAUAAGAGGUAUGAGAGCUCCAAAAGGACAAAGAGAAAUUGCUACAAUUGCGGCAAGAGUGGGCAUUACAUUGCAAAUUGCCCAUAUGAGAAGAAAGAAGACAAGGAAGAGAAGAGGAAGGAUAAGAAGGAGAAGAAAUACUUCACCAAGGACAAGAAGUACUUCAAGAAGAAACAACGUGGUGAAGCACAUCUUGGUAAGGAGUGGGACUCCGAUGAUGAGAGCUCCGACUCGGAUGAAGAAGAAGUAGCCACACUUGCUCUCAACAAGACCUCUCUCUUCCCAAAUCUCAAGGAUGGGAAAAACAUCACUCACACUUGUCUCAUGGCAAAGGGAGGUAAAAGAAAGGUAAAAAACCAUUCCAUGCUCCUCUCCUAA